ACGCAUGCAAAACGAGCUGACAUACAGGGCAUAUCUGCUGGAACUGGACGACUCUUCUCCUGGAGCUCCUAGAGAAAAGCCGGCGUUUGAUUUGAUGUUCAUCCGGCAAACAAAUGGAUCGUUUGGGACAAGCUCCUAAUAUAGAUCUGCUGCUUUGGAAUAACAUGAAGAGAAUUCAUCUGGAUUCUUGCCCUGCUCAUGGCUAACAAAGGUGCAGGAUCCAGUCACCUUUAGGAAGUCUUUUAAACCUGGGAUUAAGUGUGGACUGAGAUUCAAAUGUGUCGAGGAUGCUUGUCACGGAUAUGUUAUGGUGCAAAGCUGGAUUGAUCAUAUCGCUUUAAUCCACUUGUAGCCUCCCCCUACCCCCACCCCAUGUCAGAUCUUCCCUAAAUUAUGGAAAUUUUUUGGAAGACGCUGACUUGGAUAUUUAGCCUGGUCUUGGCCGCUGCUGAAGCUCAGAUCCUUUCAUACAACUCUCAAGCGGAAUUCCUGUCCAUGCUGGAGCACUAUCAGUUAACAGUACCAGUACGGGUGAAUGAGAGGGGCCAGAUCAUGAGUUACACUGUGAAGCAUUACAGGCCCGGUCGGCGGCGACGUGGACUGGACCAGGCUGAGCUGGACCACACUGAGACCAGGCUUUUUUACAGACUCUCAGCCUAUGGCAAGCACUUUCACCUGAACCUGACACUCAACCCCAACCUGGUUUCUAAACAUUUCACGGUAGAGUACUGGGGCAAAGACGGACUAGACUGGCAGCAUUCAGUAGUCGAUAACUGCCACUAUGUUGGAUACCUACUGGAUCAAUAUAGCACUACAAAAGUGGCAUUGAGCAACUGCAAAGGCUUGCAUGGUGUCAUAACCACAGAGGACGAGCAAUAUUUAAUAGAGCCAUUAAAAAAUGUAUCCAGAAAUUUCAGUGAUGUCAACCACGAAGGACAACCACAUGUUAUUUAUAAAAAGACUUCCAUUCCUUCUCUGCAAGAGCCAAGCGAGGAGUUCAGCUGUGGUGUUUCAGACCUCACAAUAAACCGGACACCCAGCUACGAUACCAAUCCUGAAGCAAACCCACCUUACCUGGCCACGGACGGCGAUAGCUCGAUGGGUGGCCACCGUCAGCGGCGCUCUGUCAGCUCUGAACGAUUUGUGGAGACCCUAGUGGUGGCGGACAAAAUGAUGGUGGGUUACCACGGUCGCAAAGACAUCGAGCACUACAUCCUGUCCGUAAUGAAUAUUGUCAGGUUGCCAAACUUUAUCAUGAUGCCAGUCUUGGAAACGUUGUGA